CCAAUCUCCAGAGUAGGGCGCCCAAAAAUAAAUGAUUCGACGCCGUUUAACCCCUCAUAUUGCCGUUUCCUCUUCGGCCGCGCAAUCUUCGGUUGAUGAAACGGAGAGCAGGUGGAAGAAAGAACGGUGCUUGUUCUCGGAGUGGAAAUCCUUGGGGAAAGGAAACUCGUUGCUAUUGAUUGCUGAAACGAGCGGGAAAAUCCAUGCUGUUGAUUGCUCGAUAAAAAUUUGAUUUCAAUUGUUCCACUUUCUGGAAACCCUUAUCCACUCCAACAAGUAAGCCUCAACAAGUUUCUAUCUUGGCCUUCCUAUUUGUUUUAUCUAUGCUGAUUUUAAUUCUCUCUUAUUUGAUGUUAUUGAGUUAGAGGAACUCAUUAUGGCCUCUAAGCUACUUAAAAUCGGUAUGCACGAAGCCGGUAACCAGCUGGAAGUCUCUCUAAGGCAAGCCUUUGAGGAGCUUGAACCUAAACUAAGACCUCCCUUUUCCUUGGCCAUCCCAAGCGCGCAAGAAUACUUACAGCUCAAUCGUGCCAUUCUUUACGGGCUUUUGACUGAACCCCUGUUGGCCAAAACCCAUAUUAAGCAUCUACAUGCAAUUGUUACUGAUGGGUAUAGGUUUUUUAUUCAUUUGAUGGUCAAAAUUGUAAAUGAUUUGUAUGCUAAGCUCGUGGAUUCAGUAAAGGAUCAGUUGAUUUGGGUUGUUAAAGAAAUGGUUGGUGUUCUAGGAGUUGGUUUUGAUGGCUUGUUGGUGUCUUUGUUGAGGCAAAUUAUUGGUGGGGAUUUUAGUGAUAGGAAUUUGUGGUUGUGCUCUGAGUUGGUGAGCCUUUUCCUUAGUAAAUGGGAUUGUUUACUAGAAGAAGAGCCAUUGCUUUUGACUAGUGCACUUUAUGCAUAUCUUAGGUUGUUAGCUGAUCAUUGUAGGCUAUCAAGCAAUGUGAAGCUAGAACCUCUGAAACUACUGGAGAUUGAGUUUUGUGUCAAAAUGUUGAGAGAGCAAUUUCAUUUGUGUAUGAAGAUCGGGAGGGACCUUAUUAGAUUACUGCAAGAUUUGGUUCAUGUCCCUGUGUUUCGAGCUAUAUGGAAGGAUUUGGUACUGAACCCAGGUGAGUUCAGGACUGCAGGAUUUUCAGAUGUUUCUCAAUUGUACUGCUCUAGGACAUCAAGUCGAUAUUUUUUGCUUCGGAUAACUCCUGACAUGGAAACUCAGUUGAGGUUUUUGCUUAUGCAUGUGAAGUUGGGAAGUCAAAAACGGCACCAAUUAUGGUUUGCCAAGAAGUUUCUUUUUGGACCAGAGAAAGAGACUGUCGUAGUGGACAUUGUUCGAUUUAUAUGUUGUGCACACCAUCCAUCUAAUGAAACUAUCCAGUCAGACAUCAUACCAAGAUGGACCGUUAUAGGAUGGCUACUGAAAACUUGUAGAAAGAAUUACGUUCUAGCCAAUGUGAAGUUGGCCUUAUUUUACGACUGGCUUUUCUUUGAUGAAAGAAAUGAUAAUAUAAUGAAUAUUGAGCCAGGAAUGCUAUUAAUGGUAUGUUCAAUACCCAAAUAUAUUGACAUGACUCACUCUCUUCUUGAAUUUUUGUUGCUUCUUGCAGAAAACUAUGAUGUGGAUCGUAUGCAUUUAAUCUUUAGGGGUCUGUCAUCAGCUUUCAAUAUACUUGUUCAGAAAGGAGUGGUUCACUCGCUGGAUGUUUUAACAUCAUGUGAUGCACUUUCUCCUUUCUUGAAAGAGAGACUUGGGAGGUUAUUGUCAAAUUUGAAAAUGGGCAUCGUUAACAAAUUACAGCCUCUCCAUCUUCCUCAUGACUCUGUGCCUCCCUUGAGCUUGCAAAAUCCGUCCUUUCUGAAAAGUCCAACACCUGCACUUGGACAACAACAACCCGCAGAUGAGGUGGAAGUUAGACCUAGCACUGAACAUGCUGAUUCUUCUUUAACUUUUUCAGAAAGCUCGGUUACUACUUCUUGCCCAUCUAUUAGCAACAGUGAGAGUCAAGUUGAUGCUAUCGGGAAUUUGUUACAAAACCUUGGUGGAUCUAUAAAGAAGUCAAAUAAACUGGCUCUUCAGAUUUUGGAAGCAAUACUGCUGUCACUUGUGAAUUUGGAUGAUCAGGCACCAGCACUUGUUUCAAUUUCUCCUGAAACAAUAUGUUCCAGAAUAGCAGAUCAAUUUGAAUCAAUUAAUUGCAAAUUAUUUCCCCCACUCGAUAAAUGUCCUAGUGCUCCUUGUUCUGGCUAUGAAAUUAGGUCUGCCACAGUCUUAAUUGUUCGUGCCUUCUUAUUGUCACAGCAUCAAAGGCUGGAGGGAAUGCUUUUAUUCUGGUCAAGGAAUGAUUUUCCUGUAGGAGUACACUUAUUGUCUUAUGCAUCAGGGCUAGCUUAUGAAGCACAUGCAGCAGGUUACUUAGGAAAUGCAAUAGUUGACAACAAUUUUGAUAAAUUAUGUAAGUCAGACUUCCCAUUAUUGAAGUUUCAUAUUGAUGGAUAUUUUUCUUUGCGUGAUGGAAGAAUAGAACAUUCUCAUGAAGACAUUAUUCCUACUUCUGAAAUGGAUAAGUUUAUUACCAAGUUGGUGGAAAAUGCUUUUGCUGCUUACAAAUGUUUUCUUCAGUGCUCUAGAGCUGUCUCACCCAAAUUAGAUGAUAUAUCUUUGUCAAAGCUCCUUAUACGUGACAUAGUUUCAUUUUUAGAAUGGGAAAAGAAAAAAGCAAAGUGUUUAUUUUGCAGCAUCUUCCAUCACUUUGCUGAUCUAUGCAUUGGUGACGAAGAAAUUAUAAGGUUACUGGUGAGUCAGUUGGAUCAUGCUGAUCUAACUGAUAUACAGUUUGAAAUUGGAUUAAAGAAAUUCUCUAUUUUCGGGAAGAACACUCGAACCAUUUUUGUCUUGGUGAAGAAUUCACUUAGUUGGGAUUCUCUGGAGCAGCAUAAGUUUUGGGGCUUGAUUAGAUCAGAGCUUGCAGUUUCCGAGGUUCAGGUGGAGAAGAUAAUUUUUCAAUUUCUUUGCUGUGCUGAUUUAGAUGCUAAUAUUAGUGCCAUUGCAGUUUCUGGCCUUCUCACAUUGUGCAGUUGUUGUGCACCCAAACCUGAGCUUGUUGGGACAGUCAUGUUACUGCCCAAUAAUGCGUUCCAGGACUUCGCUGCAACAGCUUUGGCUACGUGGAUUGUGUCUAAUCCUUCAAUGCUAUUUGAUAGUUUGACUAAAUUUUCAGAGGAACUUAACAGCAAGAAUGGUGAUGGUUCUGCUCGCAUUACAAUCAACCGCUCUGCAGUUCUAUGGUUAUUGAAUUAUUUUACUGCACAAGGGAUGAAUGCCUCAGAUAUUUUGAGCAGUUUAUCCUCAAAUAUUCAAGGUGAAUAAAUGACAGACAUCAUGGUGGAAUGAAUAUUAAAUAAUGGUUCGGUCUUCAUAUGGCAAAUAUCUGAUUCUACAACCUAUGUAACAAGUGGCUGAGCUUGUGAACUAGAUAUUUUUUUUAAGAACUUCGUUGAUCUGCUGCUUAAUGGGCUCAAAUGUUAUCCUUGCAGCUGUCAUCACUUUGUUUAUUCAGAAGUAGCUGUGGCUCAGACUGAGACAGUUUAGGAUAUGCUUAUGGUAUCAUGACAGCAAUCCAGUUUCUGCUAGACAAGUCACUGAUUUAUGAUUGAGUUUCCCUAGGAUGGCAAUUUAUGCAAUGAUGACUGCAAUACAUGUUUCUACACUCUUGAUGUUUAAGGUGGGUGAGAUUGUCAUCGUUUCUGGCUGGAAUUGCUGGACUUGAUUGUCCUCAUGUCAUGCUACUCUUCUGAACAGGAUAUGUUCUGCUGUAUUCAAGUGAGGAGGCAUAAUGGCUUGUCGUUCAUCAGGGAAGCAAAAUGUAUUAUAAGUUGGGUGCAAAGCCAAGGAUCAAGUUUUCAUUUCUUUUGGAGCAUAUUUGGAAUCGAAAAUUUGUGGGGUAUCAUCCUGGAGGAUUUACUUAUGCAUGAGAGAAAUAUAUAUUCUUGUGAUGACCCCGUGUUCUUUAUUUGCUAAUUUCAUCAAUAUAUGGUGCUGAUCCAACAGAAUUAGGAUCCUGAUCCAACUUUUGAUUGCUUUCAAAAUAUUCAUGCCUGAGGUGUACGGGAUCUGCAAAGAAAAGCUGAAGCGGAAAUAUGGUCCUGAAUUUUAAAAGUGUUAAUUCUGCAGUAGUUAUCAUAAAGAAUGAAGAACGGAAUCAUGUGAUUAGUCUUUGAGCGUUCAACAUUUCUUCACCAUAAUCACGGAAGCAGCAGUGCAAUUGUAUCUUACAAAUUCAUGAUGAAAUCUAUUUUAUCACCUUCCUCCUUACCUUAUUAUCUUCUGAGGGUUUCCUCCGCAGCCCGCCACCGCUUGUAUUAUGGAUCACAGGCAUGCUCUCCCAGACACAACCCCGCUGGUCAACUCCCUCCUUUUGCGUGGAAUGGGAACCCUCCCAAUAUAGAGCCCCCCUUAUCACCGACUUUUCCAAAAAUGUUAAAGGCUCUGGUUUCUCAACUCCCUCUAUGAACUCCUUGGCAUCUUCAACGUUGAUGGUCAAGUAUGGACCCUGCAGUGCAAGAUUGCUAGCCGUGAAUUUAUUGCUAGAACUUUUACAAACAUUUCAUUUUGCUGCUAGUUAAAGUAAAUUUGGUUCAUGUAGCUUAACUUUUUUCUCAUUAAAGACAUCUUGUCAUUCGUUUCAUUAAGGAUUGUGAUUGUUGAGUGUGAUAAUUCAUGAUUUUAUC